AUGAUAUUAGUUUUUUGUGAUCCUGGAGAUGUUCGCAAGUUAUGGAAUGCCCAUUACAAUUCUCUCUCAGAAGAUUAUAGGAGACAAUACGACAAUGUUAAUCGAGUACAUAAUAUGGUCCUCACAUACAUGAGCGUAUUCCUACAAUCUAUGGGUAACAAGCUUGAUAACUUUGAUCUCCCAACUUUAAAAACUGAUUUGAGUUUACAGUCUGGAGUUUUUCGCGAGGUACAAGAAGAAUGCUCUAUAGUUGUGGAAGAUGACCAUUUGCGUGCCAAAGAGUUUCUCAAUCCUGAACAAAAAUAUGCGUAUGAUGAGAUCAUGAGGCAUGUGUGUAUUGAUUGUACAGGAGUGUUCUUCAUAGAUGGUCCUGGCGGAACAGGAAAAACAUAUCUUUACAAAGCUUUACUUGCUAAUAUACGCAAACUUGGUUAUAUUGCACUCGCCACAGCUUCAUCGGGUGUUGCGGCUAAUAACAUGCCUGGGGGGAGAACAGUUCACUCACGUUUCAAACUUCCUCUAACUCCAGAUAAUAACUCAUUGUGUAGAAUCCAAAAACAAAGCGGUACCGCGCAACUACUUCGGCUUGCAAAAAUAAUCAUAUGGGAUGAAGCAUCGAUGGCAAAGCGACAGGUGGUGGAGGCGUUUGAUCGGACAAUGCAAGAUAUCAGUGGGGUGGCACUCCCUUUUGGUGGAAAGAUAAUGGUUCUAGGAGGCGAUUUUAGACAAGUAUUGCCAGUCGUAAGACGUGGGACACGAGCACAAAUUGUAGACUCUAGCCUACGAAUGUCGCCUCUUUGGUCUUCGAUUAUAAAUUUGCGGUUAACAAUAAAUAUGAGAGCACUUACUGAUCCAUGGUUCUCAAACUUUCUAUUACGGGUCGGUGAUGGAGUUGAAGAAACAGUGGACGGAAGUUUUAUUCGCAUCCCCGAUGAUAUGGUCAUUCCAUACACUGAUAAAGAAAAAUCAUUGGAUUCUUUGAUUGAUGCAGUGUUUCCCUCCUUGGAAUUUAAUAGGUCUAAAUCAGAUUAUAUCAUAUCGCGGAGGAUUUACUAUAGUGUCGAUGAAGCCAUAGAUGAUAAAAAUGGCUUUUAUCUGUUGGAAUUCUUAAACUCGAUCAGUGUUAAUGGUUUACCUCCUCAUUACCUUCGAUUAAAAGUUGGAUGUCCGAUAAUACUGUUACGGAAUAUUGACCCAGCGAAUGGGUUGUGUAAUGGCACCCGAUUGAUAUGUAGAAGCUUUCAGCAAAAUGUUAUUGAUGCAGAAAUAGCUGUUGGUCAACAUGCUGGAAAAAGGAUAUUUUUGCCUAAGAUUCCUUUAUGUCCAUCUGAUGAUGAUAUGUUCCCAUUCAAGCUAAAGAGGAAACAGUUUCCUAUUCGAUUGUGCUUUGCAAUGACAAUCAAUAAAGCUCAUGGAAAAACAAUUCCAAAUGUAGGUAUCUAUCUUCCAGACCCAGUAUUCUCGCAUGGACAACUUUAUGUUGCAUUGUCUAGAGGGGUUUCACGUUGCAAUACAAAAGUAUUAGUGAAGCCUAACGAAAACUCAAAAGGUGAUGGGGUUUAUACAGCAAAUGUGGUGUACAAAGAAGUAUUGCACGAUUAA